AUGCCCGCAUACAACGGCGGGCUGCCGUCGCAGACGCGCGAUUCGCUCGAGCUCGCCUCCCUCGCCUCGUCCAGCGUCAUGCACGACAAUGGCGCCGGCACCGCCGCUGCCACGUCAACAUCAUCAGAACUGUCCUCGCGACCCAGCAUCUCCUCGUCGCGGCGGCUCUCCCUCGUCGAGGAGGAGGACCCCCUCGACCGCGACAACCCGGCCGGCGCGCGCCUCGGCCGCUCCUACUCGGUCUCGUCCACCUUUGACUUUGCCGCCAACCUGUUUCCGCUGUCGUCGACCGCCGGCGCGGGCGGCUACGCGCCCAUCGGCGCGCCCACCUCGGCCGGGCGCCGCGGCGGCACGCUCGGCGGCGGCUCCCUCGAGAAGCACAAGACCCUCUCCUACCUCAACGGCCUGUCGCUGAUCGUCGGGCUCAUCAUCGGCUCCGGCAUCUUCUCAUCGCCCAGCCAGGUCAGCUCGCGGGUGGGCUCCGCCGGCGCCGGGCUGGUCGUCUGGGUCGUCGCCGGGCUGCUCGCCUGGACCGGCGCGGCGUCGUUCGCCGAGCUCGGCGGCGCCAUCCCCCUCAACGGCGGUGCGCAGGUCUACCUCGCCAAGACCUUUGGCGAGCUCGCCGGCUUCCUCUUCACCUGGGCCGCCGUGCUCGUCCUCAAGCCCGGCAGCGCGGCCAUCAUCGCCAUCAUCAUGGGCGAGUACCUAGUCCGGGCCGCCAUCGGCGCCGACGCUGAAACCAUAAGUCCCUGGGUCUGCAAGGCCGUCGCGCUCGUCGGCAUCUUCGCCGUGACCCUGCUAAACUGCAUUUCUACGCGCGUCGGCACCCGAGUCAAUGACUGGCUCAUGUUUCUCAAGUUUGUCGCCCUCAUCUUCAUCACUGUCACGGGAAUUGUCGUCGCCAUCACCGGACACACCCUGACGGGCGAGCCCACGUUGGAGUGGAAGAAGCACGACUGGUUCGAGGGCACCUCGAGUGACCUGUCCGCGUGGGCCCUCGCCCUAUAUGCCGGGCUCUGGGCAUUUGACGGAUGGGACAAUACCAAUUACGUCGUUGGCGAGUUCCGAAACCCCAGUCGCGACCUCCCGCGCGUCAUACACACGGCCAUGCCGCUCGUCAUCCUCUGCUACGUGCUCGCCAACGUGGCCUACUUCCUCGUGCUGCCGCUGCCCGCCAUCAACAGCUCUAACACCGUAGCCGUGCUCUUCGGCUCGCGCGUGUUCGGCCCCGCCGGCGCGCUCGUCAUCGCGCUCAUCGUCAGCUGCAGCUGCUUCGGCGCGCUCAACUCGUCCACCUUCACCGCGGGCCGCCUCAUCUACGUCGCGGGCAAGGAGGGCUACAUCCCGACCGUCUUUGGGCGCAUCGGCUUCGGCGACCGGCCGCUCGAGGACGCGCUAUCGACGCAGCGCACGCGCUCGCGGCUCGCCAAGGCGCUGCGCCGCUGCUGCGUCGACGAUGAGGACACGGGCCUCUUCUACACGCCUGUCUACGCGAUGCUGCUCAACUGCGCGCUCACCGCGGCCUACUGCGUUGUCGGCGAGUUCUCGACGCUCGUCACGUUCUACGGCGUCGCGGGGUACACGUUCUACUUCCUGACGGUCCUCGGGCUCAUCGUGCUGCGCGUGCGCGAGCCCCACCUUGACCGCCCAUAUAAGACAUGGAUCACGACGCCCAUCAUCUUCUGCUGCGUGAGCUUGUUCCUGCUCAGCCGCGCCGUGUUCGCGCAGCCGCUGCAGACGCUGCUCGUGGUGGGCUUCGUCGUGGCCGGCGUGCCCGUCUACUUCCUGCGCGUGCACGGCCGGGACCGCAAGGGCAUGGGCGAUCAUGAGAAGAAGUGGUGGCAGUUUUGGAAAUGA